CAUAUGACAACACCACAACAAAAAUGUCUGCCUGCUUGUCAGUGCGGUAAUUUCUUUUAUCGCUUCACAAAUACAGCGUUCGCGUGAAAGCCUCUACGACUGAUGAAGUCGUUCUUGAAAUAAACGCAGACUAGCCAGACGCAAACUAGUCAGUGAACAUUUUAGCACGUACGCGACUAUGCUGGUACCUAACAUUUGAGUUGAUUUGAAUAUUAAUAUCUUGUGAUUUAUGAAAAGAGUCAUCAUGGAACCCACAGCAUCGGGAAUAUUCUGCAAUAGGAUGCUCAGUAUGGUGAACUCUGAGGACGUGAACGCCAUCAUUCAAGCUCAGAGACAUAUGCUGGACCGCUUUGAGAAGACCAAUGAGAUGCUGAUCAACUUCAACGGUCUGUCCAACGUGCGCUUGCAACAGAUGAAUGAACACUUUCUAAUGCACACCCGCACAUUAAUAGAGAUGAAGAAAGACUUGGACAGCAUUUUCAGACGAAUAAGGACUUUAAAAGGCAAAGUUGCGAAACAAUACCCAGAGGCCUUCAGCAACAUCAAUGAAUGCUCAAACCUGGAGGAUGACGAUGAUGACUUUGACCCCGUUCCUCCCAGCGUGGCCACCACCGUCACUACCACAGCAACGUCCGAACAGAGCACGGAGUCAUGUGACACAAGCCCUGAUGUGAUUUCGCCCACCAUCAGCUGCUGCUCUGAAGACCCCUCUCAAGAGAACACCGGCACACCGACAUCUGACAGCCACGAACAGCCAGUGUUACGGGACGAGGGCCCCGAUUCAGCUGACAUUUAGAUUCAUGUGCAUAGUAUUGUAUUUACUACGCACAGAUGCCACGCAAAAGUGAAGCGAUGCAAGCUUACAGCUUAAGGUUGACUACGAGAAAAUGGUUUUAAUGCUACUGUUGUUAAAUGUUGUUUUAAUUUUGAAAACUAAUGCAAACUGGCUUACAUUUUGAUGAUUAAAGUUUUAAAGAUACAUUUAACGAUACAGAUACAUGUUUACCUUGUGUUGUGUUCAAAACCACAUUAUUUAGUAUUUUUUUCCCCUAGAAUCUUUAAUGAAAAGUAUGUCAUUAAAUAAAAGCUUCCUCGCAGUGCACAAUGCAA